AUGACUUUAGAACAAGAAUGCACGCUCACUUGCAUUCGUCAUGAACUCGAACUGGGUACACAAUGCGUGGUGGAAAUGGAGAAUCAGCAGACAAUUCUGCAGAUUCCGCAGUCGGCGCACGAAAAAGAAAGACCCAAGCUCGCCAAGCCAUUGAUGCCGAGCGUCACGAGGCUCAAAGAGCUGCUGAGACCUCUCAACAGUCCCAAGCUCGCCAAAUCAUUGAUGCCGAGCGUCAUGCGGAUCAAAGAGCUGCUGAGACUUCUCAACACACCCAAGCUCGCCAAAUCUUAG